UUUCUAAUCUAGGGAAAAAUACCUUGUAGCUUAAGUGGACUGGUAUUUUAUAAAAUGGAUUUAGAAACUACCUUUAAAGAAGUUUGUGACGGAUUAAAACUGACUAGAAACACUGACCGCAAAAAAAACGCUGAAAAUUUAAAAGAAUAUCUCACAAGAAAUGCUGUUCCUUGCAUGUUGACACAUAAUGCACUUCGUAAAACCGGGUACUGCUGGAGCAAUGUUUUUGAUGAUAUAAACGAAUAUUUUUUAAAGGAAUGUGAAAAAUUUGAAACCUCAAAAACAUUCGAUACAAUUACUGUACCCCUUUGUACGUCACUGCUUCAUCUAUGUGUUGCUGGUUCCAAUAAAGGUAGAGCAUAUGUAAGAUGUGAAAAGAUACUAGAAGCUUGCUAUACUAUCUUGAAAGAUCCACGCCUUGCUACUGCUGUUGGCGAUGCAUAUUUAACUUUAUUAUAUAAAUAUGUUUUGCCUCUCGAUCAUUACCUUGGAUUUAUCAAACCAUCUGAUUGGGAAGAUCUAUUAAAUAUCGGUACUGCAACAUGUUUAAAGUCUUACUCAAAAUUGGAUGAUUUUACUAAGUUGAGAUUCAUUCUCAUUGUUCUGAAAAAUGGAAGUGAAUACUGUCAAUUUGCAGUUUCACUUAAAGAAUCACUCUCACAAAUAAAAAGAUGCUUUUUGAGACUAGGACAUGACAAAAAACUACAAUCGGUCAUCGUGGAUAUAACAAUAGUAUUAAUAAAAACGUUAUCCAUGGAAUGUCGCUUGACCAUGUGCCAAUUUACUGAGAGUAUUUUGUCAUCAAUACUGAAAUUUUACGACCCAAAUCAGGAUGUUUCCAAAAAGUCAUCACUAUUUCAAUUGUUAAAUUACACAAUGGUGGUUCAUCAUCCACAUGGAAGAAAACAAAAUCAAGAAUGCAGUCUGGCUUCUGAUUGGAUUCUAUGGAAUAAGCAUCUUCACAACAUAUUAGAAAUCAUAUGUUUAGAAGUGACUUAUUUGCAGAAAAACCCGAAACACAGUACUAUAAAACAAUUUGAAUAUUUCUUUAGUUUAGCUGCUGCAGUGUAUUUUCAAAUUUUCGAAGGAAUACAAUCACUAGACGAUGAGCCUGGACCAUCGAACAAAAGGCAAAAAAUAAGUUUUAACAAAAUAAAAACUUUUCGGGAUCUUUUAGACGAAUUGCGAAUUAAUAGUGUUCCUUGGUUGGGAAUCAUACAAGUGUUCGUAAGAAAGUAUGGCGACGAAAUCGCCCCCCUUGAUUACUUAACGUUGAUAAAUGUAUUGGAGUCACUAAUAACCAAUGAUAAAGCUAACGUGAACUGGGAUAUCUACGAGGAGUUAGCCUGUGACGUUCUAAAGAAGCUAACAGAUGCCACAUCCGGACAAGAAGAUUCUAGUGCCGCGUCGCUGUUACUUUGGAAUUCUUGUGUACGAAACUCGUCGUCUAAUAGUUCGUCACAUAAAGCGAUGCAUAGAAUAAUUCAGAGUUUAUUGAAUUUAAAUAUUUUGUCAUUCAACAAUAUACAGACGCUAGUUAAAUUUUACACCGAGAAAAGUAUGCCGGUAACAAAUUCUAGUGUGGCGACCGUCAAUAGUAUCUCGAAGAGGUUUUUCACCAAAUUCAACAACCUGGAAACGAAAAUAAGUUUAUACUAUUGGUUUGUUAAUGGAGACAAUCAUUCCGUUGAUAUAUCGGAAACUGAAGAAUUUUUUUCGAGAUUACUGGCACACGAGAAUGUGAAUGUUUACAGAAAAAAAAUCGUUUCUGAAGACGGCCACUUCGAUUUGUUAUUUAAUUCUAUCGAGGAUUGUAUCUUGUUUAGCGAGUUUGAUAUUGAUCUGCCCGAAAUUGUAGAAUACGGUGAGCUUAAUAUUGACCGGUUUGAACUACAGAGAGGCGUACUGAAUCACAUGACUAACGAUUUUAUCACAACUCUGAGGGAACAUAUCGAAAGAUUGAAGAGAAAAGAAAUCGAUAUUUUACGGUACAUUGAAUACACAACUAUUGUUGUUGUGGCUAUGGAAUGCAUGAUAAAAAAUAGCACGAACAAAUGCGAUUUUAAACAAGAGCUGCGGGAAUCGAUCGAAUUGGCCGCGACGCAGAUGUUCAAACGUUCACAAGAUGUUUUAGUCAGUAACACACAAAUUCCAGUCAAAAUAAAAUUAUUGCAGCGCCUCGAAGACAUUAUGGCGGCUGACUUGAGUCCCGCUCUCGGCUCGCUAAUUCGUAAUUGUAUUAAUGAAGAUUUCUUUCGUUGCAUUAGUAAUAUAUUGCACGUUGAUACUAAGGAUGAAAAUGACGACAUAGUUUGUGCCGAAGAGGACGACCUAGACAUUGAUGCUCUCAGACAUCACUGCGUAUACGUAUUGGCUUCGUUUUGCAGAAUUCCAGGGCCUUAUAGAGAUGAGCUGUUAGAAUUGAUUUUAGAUUCCAAAUGUUAUACGUACAGCAAGGACACUCACUGUGCUCUUAGAUGUAUUGAAAUCUUAAGUGAUGGUCGUGUGGAGCAACCUCCUAUAGGCUUAAUGUUUCAGUUGAUCGCAAACAUUUGCAAGGAAAUGUACAGAAAUCCAAAAGCUUCGUUGGGAAUUUUAAAAACGCUUUACAAAAUGAUCGAAAGUAUUUGGUCUGAGAAUGAAAUUAUGAAACAAAAUUGUUGCAUAAUGAUAAAGAGAUAUCUGCAGCGUUGCGAGAAGUCGUACUACCCUCCCGCGGUAGCCGCUGCGGUUUACAAAUGUGCAGCCAAAAUAGUUUCCUUGAAUAACCGUCGGUAUUUUUCUGACGAAACUAUGUUUGAGGAAUCUAUAACGAAUCAAAUCCGAGGAGACAUUCACAGCGUUCGCCUUUACUGUUGUUACUUGCUUCAAUACGUCUUUACAAAUUUUACGAAUGACCACGUGUCUUCAUACUUGGCUGGUUUAUUAAAUAUGUUUCUGAUAAACGUUCUGCACAAGAAGGACAUUCUAUUGAAAGACGAAGCCACUAACAGAACGCACACAAUUUUGCGAGCGUAUAUAUCUUUAGUGGAAAUAAAUAAAUCGCUAGUUCAUCAAGUGAUAAUGGAGGUGUUGCGAUUCCAAAAGGAGAAAACUUUAAACAUGCAUUUAACAGAGAAGAUUCUUAAAAGAAUAUGUCAUAUUUCAAACGUAAAGGAGAUAUCUGUUUAUCUGGACGAUAACGUUCUUUCGGUUUUGCAUUUUUGGUUCACGAAUAAUUUAACGAUUGAGACGUUGCCUCUUAAUCUCUUUAAGUGCGAUGAUAUUAACGUAUUCCUUGAACGGUAUAAGAGCUGGUUGAUCCCAGCGGACGCACUGUGGAACAGCGGAGGCAACAUCAAGGAAAGCUCUCUAUUGCAUUUAAUAAAACAAAAUAAUAAGAAACAAUCACUAGAAGAAAUCAUCGAGGACAGUUUUCCACACUUCGUAGCCCUGUCGUUACCUUACGUAGUGAUCGACAAGUACAAACUUCAUUGUUUGUCCGAACUGCCGGCCAGUUUUAAAGAGUCAUUGGAAAACGGCCAGAAGAUGUUUCAUCAAACGGGACAAAUGCUGACGCGCGACAAGUGGACCAAUCUCUUCGUCGAAAACGUUGGAGAGAUAUUGAUGUUGACCGCCGUGCACCUGUGCGAUCACAGUGAUGCUAACCGCUUGUUCGGAAUCGAUAUACAGAAUAAAAACCGAAGCUUUUAUUAUUCGAAACGAGUAUACUUGUCUGUUUUGGAUUUCAUCGGGGAACUCUCCGAUUGUAGCAUAAUGCAGUAUCUCUGUGGAAAUCAACCAUUAGCAAUAUUCAACAUAUUAUUCAAAGUAUGGAGCCGCGUAAUAAAUGAAAAUUGUCCAGAAUCGAGAAUUUCAGCGUUGCACGCCUACAUUACAAUUUUGGAAAGUAUUCCGCAAGAACAAUCUUCAGAUGCAUUCGUAUGUAAUUUUGCUUGCAAGAGCUUCGCCCAUGCGAUCAACGACAGUGAUAAUAGUAAAAAUGUUGAAAUUUACGUAAAGAGUUUAAAAAUAAUAUUUGAAAGAAUAUUAAUAAAUAAAGCUGAUCUGAUUAAAACGUCAGUGUCUCAGCUGUUACCGAUUUUGAUGAUAAAACAAGAAGAAGGUUUUGUAAAAGAAUGCGAACCUUUGAUACAUUAUUUGACAGUGGAAAUGAAAGAUUGCUUGAACGGUAGCGAAGACGUUCUAGACUUUAUGAGUUCGGUUUCUCAAGGGUUUGUAGAUGACAUGGAAUGCUCUACCGUGAGAUCGUUCACUGAGAAGCUUAGGACGUACAAACUGAGCUUGGUGUAUCCUAGUUACGAAACGCUUUUAAAUUUACGAAAGUGUUUGAUCACCAAUAAACACUUCAUCGAUCGGUGCUUGAACGAUUUGAACUCGAAAGGAUUCUCAGAGGACUGCGGAACGAGCAUUAUACAUCAAAUUAUAAAUUCAUUGAACGACAUCUUGAAGUCAACAAGAGAUAAUAAGACGAUUGUGGAAACGUGUAAUUGCUUGGCAGAAAUCGGUAUUUACGAUUUGAAAACUUUAGUGACCGUACCUCCACGCGACACGCACAAAGUCGUCAGCGUGACCCCUACCAAGUGUUUUGUAACGAUUGUCGUAAAGUCUCUCUCUGAAACACUAAUGGACGACAAUCCCACCGUGACAUCUAAAGCAGCCGAAACAUUAAGCAACAUUUUGAAAUGCUUCGAGGAUAUCGAUACAAUUGAUAUAGAUAGACAGUGCAAGCAGAUACUGAAGCCCUUGGUGUCGGUCAAUACGUUUCCCGUCACUAUUAAACUUAACAUACACGCAUAUACCGACUACAGCAUUGAAUAUGUGGAUGGAAUUUUCUUGAGGGCUUUGAUUUCUAAUUGGAAUAACAACAGCAAAGAUGUAGGCCAUGAUUGGUUGCAACGAGUCACUUGCACUCUGCUGAAGCUCAUAAAACCGACCUGUCCGUAUUUGGAUACGUUGUAUGAAGUCUGCCAAUUAAAGCCUCACGUCUGUAGAGAUAUUCUAGCGCCUUUGGUAGGUGUCCUGCUUUUUUCUAGUUCGACUGAAGGUAAAAUCGAAAUGCUCGGGACACAAAUUAACGCAGUUUUUAAUUAUAUUUGGGAACAAACUUUCGAGGAUAAAGUCGACAGCAGUAGUAACAGUCGCGUGAGCUCCGCGUCGGGCCAUGGUUUAGAUUAUGGACAAAAACAGAUGAUUCAAUAUAUGUUGGAUAUUGUUGAAUUCGUCCGCUUACAAAGAGCUUACUAUUUGAGAAUAAAUACCGAAGUUGAUUCAUUAAACUAUUUGAAUCUAGAAUAUGACAAAGUUGCUUGGGCUGCAACGAUUUCGGAUCAAAAUCUGAUCGCAGUUUAUUACGGCGAGCUCUGGGCGUUCGCUAAGAACGGCGGUGUUCCUCCGGCAUCACCCGAAAAAGCUGCAAGCUUAGAAGGAGGGGAAAAUAUGCAACGGAUAUUAAGAAAGUGCUACGUGUCGAUCGGCGACACGGACGCGGUGGAGGGCUGCGGCACGGCGCACCUCACCGUGGAGAGCGAGAAGCGCAAGUACCUAAUCCACACGGGGCAGUUCGCGGACGCGCUGCUGCUGCACGACGCGGCGCUGUCCCGGGGCGCGCGCGCAGACCGCCCCCUGCACGCCGGCGUCGCGCGCUCGCUACACAAGUCGGGAAUGCAUCACCUCGCCUUGCAAUACAUUAAAUCGUUGCCCGACAACGACUACUUAAACGAGAUAAAGUACGAAUGCAUGUCGUUUUUGGGUGACUGGAGUGAAUUUGUUGACACGCAGGAGUUAGACGAGAAUUCGAGGAAUGGUAAUUUCAAUCCGAAUUCCAUAUUGAGAGCAUUUCAAUAUGCCUGCCUCAGAGCGUGUGUUGGAGAGGAAACGACGCAAAUUGAUCUAGACAGAAUAGUGCCCUUGAACAGAGCCAAAAUAGCCGUAGCCACGCUUUGCCAGAACCUCAACAUGGAGACCAGUCAGAGCGUAUACAAAAUCGUUCGAGAAUUACACAUAUUCAAAGACAUCGAAGAUUACUAUUCGGUUAGAUCGGCCGAUAUAUCGAUAAACGAUUUGCUCAAACGUUGGCGAACCGAUAACCUACCUCGGUUUAACGACUUCAAGUACGUCGAGGCUCUGAUUUCGCAACGCGUGAUGAUGCUGGAGCACGCCGCGGGCCGCUACCACGACUUGCUGAAAGAUAUCGUUUCGCUGCAGAUACAAUAUGCCGAACUAUCUCUCGCUCACGGCAGAAUACAGAUGUCUCAACGGCUAAUUGCGACAGUAAAGGACCUGCAGGUGCCGGACGAGGUGACCUUAGCGGAAAGCGAAAUAUCUUGGGCGAAAGGACACAGAGAGAUCGCUAUUUCCUUGCUAAAGAAUGUCGUUACCAAUCCGACUGUAGAUGCUACGACCAGUGCGGCUGCUCUAAGGCAGUACGGGUUGUGGAUGGCAGAGUCGAAACGAGAGAACGUCAGAGACAUCAUUGAAAAGUACCUGUUGAAAAGUCUGGACGUCAUGAAUGCUACCGAUCAUAAACAGACGAGAUUCAAAGUCUACUAUGACAUCGCCAAAUUUGCUGACGCGGAGUACAAACAAGUCGAGGCGUACAUGAACUCAUCCGUUUUCGAGAACAAAGUGAAAUGUUUAGAGAACAUCAAGGACACCACAUCAUCAUUACGUUCAACGCAACAAUCACUGACCAGGGACGAGCAGAGAGCCCUAAUUGUAAACGAUCGAUUUAGGAAGCUGGAUGAAACCGAAAUUGCUAAUACUAAAGCCGUGAAGGAAAAUUUUCUGAGUUUGGCCAUGAGGUACUACUUACGUUCGUUGAAGCAAUGCGAGCUGAACAAUUUGUGUGUUUUUCGUGUCAUUUCAUUAUGGCUCGACAAUCCAAGUUUUGAUUUCGAAGAGUCGAACGGCGAAAAGUUCACUGAUUUGCUACACGCCAUACCGUCGAGGAAGUUUAUUACGGUACUGCCUCAGUUGGUGCCCAGAUUGAAUACUGAACGAACAGCGUUUGCAGAAAACUUGAAGAAGAUCAUAAAGAGAUGUGCCAUCGAUCAUCCCCACCACACACUUCCCAUUCUGUUUAGUUUGAAGAAUUCAGACAAAGACAAAACGAUUACACUAAACUUAAAACCAGGAAAUACACAGUCCAGAGCCCAAGAGCCCAGAGUCGUUGCCGCUCAGGCAUUAAGUGUUGAAAUAAGUAAAGAAAACGAAUCUAUGGCAUCGAUUAUGUCCCAAAUGGAAAGAAUGUGCGAUGCAAUGAUAGCUUUCGCUAACCUCGAACCUUCGUCGAAAGAAGUGAAACAAGCCAUCCCGGCAACUGAACGAAUACUGAGGCUUGGUCAUUUGGACGCUAUACCCGUGCCGACCGCGACGAUACCUAUUAGAGAUGACUGCACGUACUCUGAUUUUCCAGCUUUAAAAUCAUUCGACAACUACUUCGAAUUGGUUGGAGGGAUUAACUUCCCGAAAAAAGUGACAUGCCUUGAUUCGACGGGACAAAAUAGGAUACUGUUGAUUAAGGGUAAAGAUGAUUUGAGGCAGGACGCGGUAAUGCAACAAGUCUUCAACAUAGUCAACGCUCUACUAGAAAACAAUCCGGUCACUAGUCGAAUCAAGCUGCUAAUCCGAACAUACAAGGUGGUGCCUCUGUCCCGCCAGUCGGGUGUACUGGAGUGGUGCGUGGGAACGAUACCGCUGGGAGGAUAUUUGGUGGGCACAAAAAAAUCACCCGGUGCGCAUGCGCGUUAUCGACCUAAGGACCUAUCGUGCAUGGAUGCUCGAAAAAAGAUGGAAAUGAAUCGCGAAUCAAGGCAGAGUAACAAUGAGAAGUUGACAGUUUUCUUGAACAUUUUGAGAGACUUUAAACCGGUGUUUCAUUACUUUUUCACUGAACAUUAUCACAAUCCGGUGUCUUGGUACGAACGAAGACUGGCGUAUACAAAAAGUGUGGCGGCGUCUUCCAUGGUGGGAUAUAUACUGGGCUUGGGCGAUCGACACGUUCAGAACAUAUUGAUCGAUAAACAUACUGCUGAAGUUAUUCACAUCGAUUUUGGUAUAGCGUUUGAUCAAGGCAAGGCGCUGACAACACCCGAGACUGUUCCUUUUCGGCUAACCCAAGACCUGGUUUCUGGGUUCGGAUCCAGCGGCGUUGAAGGAAUAUUUAGGAGGUCUUGUGAGAAAACAAUGCAACUCCUCAGAGACAAUCAGGAAACCUUAUUGACGAUAUUGGAAGUGCUUCUAUGUGAUCCUUUGUACACUUGGAUUAUAUCCCCUAAACAACAAAAUACUCGUGGCAGUAAAGUCGAUAACCUUAAUUGUGGCAGUAGUUCGAAAAGUGGUCUCGCCCAGAGAGCUUUGCUAACUGUAAACAGUAAAUUAAGCGGCACCGAAGGCGGUGUGGCGGGAGGCGUUGCAGUUCCUGGUCAAGUAGCACGUCUAAUUCAUACAGCAAUGGACCCAAAUAACUUGUGCCGGCUUUUCCCGGGGUGGCAACCCUAUUUAUAGGAUACAGAAGAAGAAACUGUCUUUUUCCUUUUAAAAAUAAAUUUCAUUACAAA